CCCAUUUACUUUGUUUCCCUCCAUUUAUUCUCACCCCCUCUUCGUCCUCCCUCAUUUACUCCCAAAAAUUCCAAAUCUCUCCUCCCAAAAAAAAAAAAAAUCCCCAAAUCCUUUCAAAAGCCCUAACCCUAGCUCCGAGCUCAAUCGCCAUGGUGGCCGAGCCCUGGAUCCAAAAAAUGCGCAAGAAGAAGAAACCCUCCCCGUCAAAUCUCCUCAAGUCCAGCUCCGAGCCCAUCGGCAUCCUCUCCUUCGAGCUCGCCAACGCCAUGUCACGUGCUGUCCACCUCCACCGCUCUCUCUCAGACCCGGAGAUCUCCCGCCUUACCCAAACCCGCUCCUCCUCGAUCCGCUCUCUGAUCUCCGACACCGACUCCUUCCUCCUGCUUCCCUCAGCCGCCUUCUCGAGAAGCUCUCGACGGACCUCAACCGAGUCGCCGCCGUCGCCUCCCGGCCUCGGCCGCCGCCACUGCUGUUCUUCCCGCCCUCGUCUGGGUUUCGAGCACGUGUACUCCGACCUCCUCGCCGGCCGCAUGCACAACUCGACCUCGGUAAACUUUCUGUACUCUGCGAAAGAUUUAGAUUCUGCCGUUCGAAAAAUGGAAAGAUACGUGGCUUCUACGGCUGCGUUGUAUGCUGAGCUCGAGGUUUUGUCGGACCUGGAGCAUUCUGCUAAGAAAUUUCCAGUUACGGAUGAGACUCGUCGGGCUUUCGAUCAGAAGAUUCAGUGGCAGAGGCAUGAUAUAAAGCAGAUCCGAGAUUCUUCGUUGUGGAACCAGAGCUUUGAUAAAGCUGUUCUCCUGUUAGCACGGGCGGUUUGCACAAUUCAUGCCCGGAUUAGAUCAGUGUUCGGAGAGUAUGUUCCCGGGGUUAAAUCGUCGGACUCGGGCGUCUCGGGUCAAAUUGUCAGGAGUGGCGAGGUUCAGAGAUCGGGUUUGAUAUUGUUUGGUUCGGAUGUUUCGGGUCAGAUUGCUAGGAGUGGUGAGGUUCAGAGAUCGGGUUUGGUUGUGAAUUCGGGCUUGAGUUUGCAUCGUGAAGGGCUUCGGUUGCAUUGUGGAGCUAGCCCUGGGAAGCUAUUCUUGAAUUGCUUGAGUCUAGGCAGUUCUGGAUCAUGGAAUUACAAUGAAGAUUAUAUUGAAACUGAGAGUACUGUCAUGCCUUUUACUGGGGAAAUCAAGAGUAAUCUUGGUGUUGACGAUGGUAAGUUUAGUUUUGGGCCAAAGAGUAGAUUAACAACGUUGGCUCCACCUUCAACCGUAGGUGGUUCUUGCCUGGCUCUUCAUUAUGCGAAUAUUAUAAUCAUCAUAGAGAAAUUGCUGAGAUACCCACAUUUAGUUGGGGAAGAUGCUAGGGAUGACCUCUACCAGAUGCUCCCCUCGAGCUUGAGAUUGGGUUUGAGAAAGAGCCUCAAGUCUUAUGUUAAAAAUUUGGCGAUUUAUGAUGCAUCACUGGCUCAUGACUGGAAAGAAGCAAUGGAGAGGAUAUUGGGAUGGCUUGCACCGAUGGCUCAUAAUAUGAUCCGGUGGCAGACUGAGCGCAACUUUGAGCAGCAUCAAAUUGUGUUGAAGGAAAGUGUUCUGUUGCUGCAGUCUAUAUAUUUUGCAGAUAGAGUGAAAGCAGAGGCAGCGAUAUGCGAGCUUUUGGUGGGAUUGAAUUAUAUCUGUCGGUAUGAGCAGCAACAGAAUGCUCUUUUGGAUUGUAGGAGCAGUUUGGAUUUUGAUGAUUGUAUGGAAUGGCAACAGAUGCCAUUUGAUUCAGCCGAAAGAUUAUAAAAAUUUUAUAUCCUUUUCAUACGGAUGAUUUCUUCCUUUUUGUUUGUCUUCACUACAAAAUGUCUUAUUGGUGAGGCAUACACAGAUGGAUAUUGUUUUUCUUGUUUUGAGGUAUGGAAUUCUGACUUCCAAUGUACAUAGAUCCGAUCUUCCUGAAUAUCAAAUUCUAUAAUAUAUUACAAGUCAUGAAGUUUUGGGGUUUUA